AUGAUUCAUAUAGACUACGAGGAUGAAAUGGUGGAGGACGAGGAGACUGAGCCACUUUUUCUUGGAAGAUAUCAUAGCUUACCAGAGGAUGGCCUUUUUUCAGAAUUUGAACAGGUGCAGAAAGUGGGAAACGGCCUCAGCCAAAUUUCAGGACAGUCUACUAUGUUUUGGGAGGGAGUGAAGAGAAGUAGAUUUUCAUCAGACAAAUGUCAAAAUAUUGAUGUAGCCUAUCACUUGAAAAGAGUUCUCCAGAGUAACGCUAGUCUGCUGAAUACACAAGUUGAAGCUCAAAAUAUGAACUGUCAAGUCGACAGAGAGCAGAGAAAGCGCAACAGUUUAGUCACUUCUCUUGACAAAAUUACAGAUGCUCUAGCAAAAAUUGCGGAUAAGUUGUAA